AUGGAGUUUGUAUCUGGAUACCGGGAUGAGUUCCUUGAUUUCACUGCUCUCCUCUUUGGCUGGUUCCGCAAAUUUGUGGCAGAAAGGGGUACUGUGGGGACGAGUCUUGAGGGCCAUUGGCAACAGCUGGAGGCUCAGAUCAGGAGGCUGCCUCAGGACUCUGCCCUUUGGGUGCUCCAUGUCCUGCCCAACCGUAGUGUGGGCAUCACUGGUCAAGGGGGAGAGCCAGGCCCUGGAUCAGGCCUGGGAGCUGCCAGACUCCUAGGAGAUGAACCUCCACUCCACCUGAGAGACCUGAGUCCCUAUGUUAGCUUUGUCAGCCUGGAGGAUGGGGAGGAAGGAGAAGAGGGAGAGGAAGAAGAUGAAGAAGAAGAGAAUGGAGAGGAGGAUGGUGCAGGCACAGAGAAGGUAGAAUCACAGGAGGAUGGAGAGCCAGCCCCUAUCAACAGAGAAUGCCCCCAGGAAGCAAAGCCUGCAGGUGAGCCAGAGGUGACUGAGCAGAAGGCAGGUGAUGAUGAUGGCUGCCUAGAAGACAGAGGGAGUGAUGAAAUUGGAACCGAGAAGAGGAAGGGACAGAGGAGUGAGACUGCCCCCUGCACCCUUUCCUGCCUCUUACUGGUGACAGAUGAACAUGGCACCAUCUUGGGCAUUGAUCUGCUGAUGGAUGGAGUUCAGGGAAGUACAGGCCGGGGCUCAAGGACUGAGAACCUGGCUCCUCGGGCCUAUGCUCUCCUCUGCCAUAGCAUGGCCUGCCCCAUGGGCUCUGGAGACCCGCGAAAACCUCGACAGCUUACUGUGGGAGACACGCAGCUACAUCGAGAGCUGGAGAACCUGGUCCCAAGGCUAGGUGUGAAGUUAGCCAAGAGCCCUAUGCGGACAUGGGGUCCUCGACCAGGCUUCACCUUUGCCUCCCUGAGCCGAACAUGCCAUGUUUGUCACAAGCACAGCUUUGAAGUGAAGUUGACACCCUGCCCCCAGUGCAGUGCUGUCUUGUACUGUGGAGAAACUUGUCUCCAGGCUGAUUGGCGGCGAUGCCCAGAUGAUGUGAGCCACCGAUUUUGGUGCCCAAGGCUUGCAGCUUUCAUGGAGCGGGCAGGGGAACUGGCAACUCUGCCUUUCACUUACACAGCAGAGGUCACCAGUGAAACUUUUAACAAAGAAGCCUUCCUGGCCUCUCGGGGCCUUACUCGUGGCUACUGGACCCAGCUCAGCAUGCUGAUUCCAGGGUCUGGCACCCCCAGGCACCCUCGAGGAAGCACACCAUCCCUCAACCUUCUUCUCGAUGGAGAUCCCUACCAGCUUCUCCAGGGAGAUGGGCCUUCCUUGAUGCCUCCAGUACCCUUAGAUCCACCCAGGAGCCUCUUUGGCUCGUGGCAGGAUUACUACACAUGGCGAGGCCUCAGCCUCGACUCUCCCCUGGCUGUGCUUCUCACUUACCCACUGACAGUGUACUACGUCAUCACCCACUUGGUUCCCCAGUCCUUCCCUGAGCUCAAUAUUCAGAACAAGCAGUCGCUGAAAAUCCAUGUGGUGGAAGCUGGGAAGGAGUUUGACCUUGUCAUGGUGUUUUGGGAGCUCCUGGUUCUGCUCCCCCAUGUGGCCCUGGAACUGCAGUUUGUGGGUGAUGGCCUGCCCCUGGAGAGUGACCAGCAGCAUUUCACCCUGCAGAGGGAUGGCCCUGAGGUGUCUGUCCGUCCUGGUUCAGGGGUAUCAGCACGGCUCAACUCUGGGACCAAAGAGAAAGGGGGCCGCAGGGAUCUACAGAUCAAGGUGUCAGCCAGGCCCUACCACCUGCUUCAGGGGCCCAAACCUGACCUGGUUAUUGGAUUCAACUCUGGUUUUGGUCUCAAGGACACGUGGCUAAGCUCUCUGCCCAGGUUACAGUCCUUCAGAGUCCCGGCUUUCUUCACCGAGAGCAGCGAGUAUGGCUGCGUGAUGGACGACCAGACCAUGGCCGUGGCCACGGGAGGGGGCACCAGCUCUCCACAACCCAACCCUUUUCGUUCCCCCUUUCGCCUCAGAGCGGCCGACAACUGCAUGCCCUGGUACUGCAACGCCUUCAUCUUCCAUCUGAUCUACAAGCCUGCGCAAGGCAGCGGGGCCCGCCGGGCGCCGGACCCAGCGCCCCCAGCCCCAACUCCGGCCGCUCCUCCUACUCCCGCCCGGAGGCGCCGAGGAGAAAAGAAAACUGGGCGGGGGAGCCGCCGGCGGAGAUGA